UCAUCAAUGGCGGCCUAGGAGAAAAUUAAAUGGAAGUUAAAUUAAAACUACAUGCUUAAUCAGCAAAGUCUAAUUUACUUUAUUAAUUUACGUAGCUUUCUUGUUAAUAUAAUAUAUUUCUUAAUUCCUCCGCACAUAUAUAAAGCUAGCUACUCUCCUUUUUGGCAGUUGGAGGCACGAUUGUUUGUUGGCAGCUUCUAAGUUAUAACAUAUACCGGCAAUUUUGAAUGAGCUGAUCUUAGAAGCUUUAAUCAACAGUUGAUUUGGAAGUUAGGAGAAAUCUUGUUACUGAGUCUGUUUUGAUCCACAAUAGAAGAGCUGGGGCAUUGAAGAAUUUGUGUGAGCAGCUUCAAAAGCUUCCAAUCUAUGGCGGAAAUGGAUGGUUCAUUUGAUGUUGCAGAAAUCUGAGCCUAGGGUUAAAAACGACCCAAAUUUCAUAGCCGAAUAGGCACGGCCCAAUAUAAGAAGGGCUCCACCACGGGCGGUUUUUGAAGUUUAUUUUUCAAAAAGCUAAUUGCAGGUUCGGCCGUAGAAAUCAACCUCGAAACUGCAGGUUCAUGGCGGUCCGCCGGAAAUGGCGACGUCGCCGGAAAGAGAGGAGUAUGGGAAGUGAAUGAGCGAGGAACUGCAUUUUCUUUUUAUUUUAUUAUAUUUUGAGGGCGGCAUCGUUUUCACAGCUUGUUUGAUCUGCCCACUAUUUCAGAGCUUUCUGUGGUCAUUUUCUACUGUUAUUAUACUCAGACUCAGUCCAUUUUACUCUUAUGAUUGGUCAACAGAGUAUGAGCUCUUCAUCAACUCAACUCUGUGCUUCAAGGAUGGGCAUCUAUGAGCCAUUUCACCAGUUCAGCUCAUGGGGAAAUGCCUUUGGUAGUCGACUAGAGUCGAGCGUAUCGCCUAUUAUAAAAGUGGACGAUUGUGUAGACAAUAAACCGGAGUUCAUUCCUUCUGAAUCAAUGGAUCAUCUCGAGAGCAGUCAAGAAAUGAACAAACCAAUCAACGAUAAGGUACAAAGACGUUUAGCACAAAAUCGCGAAGCCGCUCGUAAAAGCCGUAUGAGGAAAAAGGUUUAUGUGCAGCAGUUAGAAACAAGCCGCUUGAAGCUAGCACAGUUGGAGCAGGAGCUAGAGAGAACCAGGCAAAAGGGUGUAUACUCAAGCUGCGUAAUCGAUACUGGCCACUUGGGAUUUGGUGGGUCGGUAAACCCAGGGAUUGCUGCAUUUGAGACGGAAUACAAUCACUGGGUUGAAGAGCAACAGAGACAGAUCAUCGAACUCAGAAAGGCAUUACAACUUCAUAUAACCGAUAUAGAACUCCAAAUUUUGGUGGAGAGCAGCUUAAAACAUUACUACAAUCUAUUUUGCAUGAAACAAAAUGCUGCAAGGGCUGAUGUAUUCUAUUUAAUGUCCGGGGUAUGGAGAACAUCGGCAGAGCGUUUUUUCCUCUGGAUAGGAGGAUUUCGCCCAUCGGAGCUGCUAAAUGUUCUCAAGGCAUACCUUGAGCCGUUAAACGAACAACAACGAGCCGAUAUACACAAUUUGCAGCAAUCGUCUCGGCAAGCUGAAGAUGCCCUUUCACAGGGAAUGGAAAAACUGCACCAGAAUCUAUCCCACAGCAUUGCCAAUGAUCCUCUAGGAAGCUAUAUUUCUCAGAUGGGUGAUGGGAUGGAGAAACUAGAAGUACUGAAGAGCUUUAUAAGCCAGCCGAGUGAUUGUUACAAUUUUCUCGAACAGGCAGACCAUCUCAGGCAAGAAACUUUGAAGAGAAUGUCUCACAUCCUAACCACGAAACAAGCAGCGCAAGGCUUGCUUGCUCUGGGCGAGUACUUCCACCGUCUCCGCGUUCUCAGUUCCCUCUGGUCCGCUCGACCUCGCGAACCUUCCUAGCCAUGGGAAGCUCAGACAUGGCCACCCACAUAUCAAUACCACCUUAAGGCAUAAACUACAAGGAGUAUAUACUUUUGCCUCUUAUAUAAGAGAGGGACACAAGUCCUGGUAUAAGUGCUUCUGCUGGACGCAUUUUAGUAAGCAAGUUCUCUAGUUUGCAAAAUGUAUAUAUAUAUCAAUCCUUCUUAUAAUGCUGUCAUUGUAAGAAACUUAGUUGAUGAAUUUUAUAUAGUAAAAUUUUAUUUUUGUAUGA